AUUCUGUUUGCUGGGACAAUAUUCAGAAGCUGAGUAUGACUCGCCACCACCUCCGGCAUGAAAAUAAGAUGAUGUUCUGGGCCUUGUGCUUCGCUGCUAAAAACCAUAUAUCCUUUCGUGACUUGGAUACAGUAGAUAAUACAUUCUCUGUAACAGAUAUAGGACUGCAAAACUACCUACCCUCUGAUACAGACUGGAGAAUACUGAGGAGUAGAAUGGAGCAUCUUGUACAGAAAAUAGUCCAGGUUUACUUCCCCCAGUUCAGUGAAAUGGAUGUUAAAGAUACUCCUCAUCAGUACACACAACAGUCUAAAAAAAAGUCUGAAAUAGUGAAUCUGGGAGUUCUUCAGGAGAAUCCAUCUACUGCCCAUGGAGUACUGGAGAUUCUCAAGUACUUACACAAGUAUGUGCCAAUUGGACAAGACAGAAAUCCUUACCAAAUUCUUUGCCAUGGUGAUCAGCUGAAUGUGGAAAGGAUGGUUGAGGCAAAAGUAUCUAUGGCCUUCAGUGAGGAUGCAGAAGAUCAACUCACUGGUCUUGUCCCACGUCCUCAGGGGUUUCACAAAAGGUGCAUCAUCCUGCAGGAUUCCAUGAACAUGCUCUUCAGUGGCAGCACUGUGGGUGACAAGGGUUCGUUAUGCCAUAUAAAAAACAAGUUCACCUUUCGAAGUGUUAAGAAAAAAAUAUCUGAUUGUGUAAAUUCAGUAGUGGAUUUUUUCAAUUUUGUGACUGAAGGUUGUGUGUGCUUGAUAAUUUGCAAGCUACUAAAUAUCAAGAACAUUGAUGAGUUGUCAAAUCUUGUACCUGAUGAUUCAGCUGUCUUGGCCCCUGAUAGACACACAGUCAAUCCAGGAAGUAGUAGUCGGUGAAGCAGCAGAGGAUGUCCAGUACCACGACGAUACAAUCAUCUACUGGGACAACAAUCAGAUAUUGGAGGAUACGCUGCCAUAUCAUGAGGACUCUGACAAUGACUUUGCACACCAGGAAAGUGGAGACUCAGUCUAUCAGUACAGCCGUAUCAUGUUGUGGCGCGGACUUCUCCAUAUGACCCAGACACAUGCAGAACGCACCAACAAGGGAGACCAUAUCAUUUCAGAUUGGAGAAUGGACA